AUGUUAGACUCACGCCUGAUGCCUGGUCUAGAUACAAUGAGGGCCUCUCCCUCCUCUGCUUCGACGCCUUCGCUGCGAGCUAGAGAUGGCACGUUGCCGCCGCACAUGAGGAUGGACGCCGGAGGAAACGUUAGAGUUGUCGUGAGAGUGAGGGCAUUUUUGCCUCGAGAAAUCGAAAGGGGUGCCGAGUGCUUGAUAAGCAUGGACCCGAUCACUCAGCAGACGAUCCUCCACGUACCAAACGACCACGACCCCGCUAACUCAAGAGCGAAGUCCCGCAAAGUAAUUGAAGAGAAAGACUUCACAUUCGACAAUUCAUUCUGGAGUCAUGAUUUACGAGAUGAACAUUAUGCCCAUCAGGAAGAUGUAUACAACAGCCUGGGCGAGGAAUUCCUCGACCACAAUUUCGAGGGGUAUCACACAUGUAUCUUCGCUUACGGCCAGACCGGCUCUGGAAAAUCGUAUACCAUGAUGGGGACGCCCGACCAGCCAGGCCUCAUCCCGAGGACCUGCGAGGAUUUGUUCCAGCGCAUCGAGGCCGCCCAGAACGAGACGCCGAACAUCUCGUACCAUGUGCGCGCCUCCUACUUCGAAGUCUACAACGAGCACGUGCGCGACCUACUCGUGCCCGUGGUGCCCAACCAAGCGCCGUACUACCUCAAGAUCCGCGAGUCGCCGACGGAGGGCCCGUACGUGAAGGACCUGACGGAAGUGCCGGUGCGCAACCUCGGCGAGAUCCUGCGGUACAUGAAGGCGGGGGACGCGAGCCGUACGACGGCGAGCACGAAGAUGAACGACACGAGCAGCCGCAGCCACGCGGUGUUCACGAUCAUGCUGAAGCAGAUCCACCACGACAUGGAGACGGACGAGACGACGGAGCGCAGCUCGCGCAUCCGGCUCGUCGACCUCGCGGGCAGCGAGCGCGCCAAGUCGACCGAGGCCACCGGCGCGCGGCUCCGCGAGGGCAGCAAUAUCAAUAAGUCGCUGACGACGCUCGGGCGGGUGAUAGCAGCGCUCGCGGACCCGAAGGCGUCGUCGCAUCCGGGAAGCGGGAAAUCGCACCACCAUCACCGUAGUCGUGAUAUAGUGCCGUACCGGGACUCGAUCCUGACGUGGUUACUCAAAGAUUCGCUGGGCGGGAACAGCAAGACGGCGAUGAUAGCGUGCAUCUCGCCUAGCGACUACGAGGAGACGCUGUCGACGCUGCGGUACGCGGACCAGGCGAAGCGGAUCCGGACGCGGGCGGUGGUGAACCAGGACCAGAUCAGCUCGGCGGAGCGGGACAAGCAGAUCAGCGCGAUGGCGGAGGAGAUUCGGCGGCUGCAGCUGUCGGUGAGCGAGACGCGGCACCGCGAGAAGGAGGACGCGCGGCAGAGCGAGGAGAGGCUCGAGGAGUACCAGAACCGCGUCGCGGCCAUGCAGCGCAUGAUGGAGGAGCGCAGCCUCGUGGCCGAGGGCAAGAUUCGCAGCUUGCAGACGGAGAAUGAGGCGCUGAGGUUGCACUUAAAGCUUGCGCUUGAUAGCUUGAAGAACCCGAUUCCGGAGGUUGUUGUGCGUGAGGAUGAGGUGGAGAGGGAGGUUGAGGGUGAGGGUGGUGUGAAGGAGGGGAAGAGUGGUGGUGGGAGACGCAGGAGCAGUGGGUUGGUGGAUGAGGCGUAUUAUGAUCAGGAUGAUGGGUACGAGUCUGAUGUGUACGAGGAGAAGGCGAAUGAUGUGCAGGAUUACAUGCACGAUCUCCUGGAGGACUUGGCCCUGUUCCGCAGGAAGAUUGGCGAUGAUAAGGGGAGAUGGUUGGACGACGGUACGCGCAACCCGUUGGGAGUUCGAGUGAAUAUUUGA